CUAUCUUAUGAAGAUCUUGAGAAGUUCCAUGAGAAGAUGUGACCUAGCCUGUAGGCCUCACUCCUGGCAUGCAACCAAAUUUACAGAAAGUCAACCCGAGGCAGCCACGUCACACCUUGCUUCAACCAAUGCCUGCACCUCUUGGCACUCACGGUAUCAUGCAAGCUCCUCAUCUCAUGACCUGUCAAACUCAUGGGAUCACUCAAGUCUACAUCGCACUUCUGAUCAGUUCAGCUCUUUGGGAAGUAUGGACAGCUGGGACCACACUCCACACAUAGGCCAGUAUGGAAGACUUUCUUCUGCAAAGUCUAACAGCAGCAUUGAUCAUCUAGGCAGCCAAAGUAAGCGUGAUUCAGCCUAUGGGUCCUUCUCCACAAGCUCAAGCACCCCUGACCACACUCUAUCCAGUGUAGACACUUCUUCAACAGAAAAUAUGUUAUACAAAGUAGGCCACUGGGAGACUACAAAGCAUGGAAACAAGUCUGGCCAGAUUGUGAACGAUAACAGUGGAAUAGAAGACAAACCAGGAUAUCUGCCAGCUCCCACCCAGUACGAGAACAGCAAAAGCCCUAGAAUAGAGGAACACCCUGAUAUGAAGCUCACUAGCUCUGGAAGAUCUAAUUUUGGCCCUGUCUGGUAUAUUCCUGAUAAGAAGAAGUCCUCAUCUCCUCCUCCCCCGCCUCCACCCCUUCGCAGUGACAGCUUUGCUGCUACCAAAGGCCAUGAGAAGGCCCACGCUCCUGUGCUCCCAGAGGGUGCCAGCACGCAGCACUUUACCGCCCCGAGCCGGCUGCAGCCCAGGAGCGACUGGAACUCAGAAGCUGUGGAGCAACAAAGGUGGCUUUCCAGAGCGGGUGAUAGGAGGGUCAGUAACUCCAACUAUAAAACUGAUCUUAGUAUGGAAUACAGUUUUUCCUCUGGUGAAAGGUACAACAGUAACACCGGAGCUGUGAACAAACUGCAGUCGUCUUUGUCCAGCACUGAUGUUCGCUUUGUGCAGCCUGCUUACAGUUACCACCACCAGCACCAGUACAGCGACGAAAGCACUUUUUUCCACAAUGCAAGAACGUUGGCUUCGCCUAAAGAUCAGCAGCAUUUUCUCUCCUAUGGUGGCAUUCAGGAGUUACCUGCCGAUCACUUUCAUUGCUACAGUCCAAACCAAGCCAGGCUGCUCAACACUCCCUCCUCUCUGAACAGCGCUGUUGAACAGAAGCUGGACAACACUGGACAGAGUCGCUAUUACUGUGUGACAGCGAAACAGCCUCAGGGAAGUUUGAAGCCACUUCAACUCAAGGAUGACAGCUGGAAGCCCAUCAUGGGUGCUGAUGCAUCUCUUGGACCUCAUGAAAACCCUGCAGUUGUCACAAUGAGAGAGGGGGAUGUUAGGUCUACUGUAGUGGAAGAAGCUAAAAGAAGUAAUCAUUCCGAGAGGUCUGGACAAAAGAAAAACUUUGAGAACAGCUUUGAGGAAAGUGAGGCCAGGUACAACCAACAGGACUAUGUAAAAAGCUGUGUGCUUGGCACUGAAAACAGAGCUGCUCAGAAAGAAUUUAGGUGGGCAAAAGAUGAGAGUAGCAAAAUUUCUCCUCAGAAGACCCCAAUGUUGCACUCUUUGGCUCAGGAAGGGAAAAAACAGUCUGAGAACAGUCCAGAAAUUGUAACAGAGCGGCAGCCCCCUUUUGACACUCACUUGACUAAACAAGCACGAAGGAGCGAUCGUUUUGCAACAACCCUGAGAAAUGAGAUCCAAAUGAGAAGAGCAAAGCUUCAGAAAAGCAAAAGCACAGCUACAUUAAUAGGGUCACCUGAAACAGAGGAGUACAAUGAAAACUGGAAGCCAGAUUCAGCAGAAAAUGUAAACACCUCGCCAGAUACUAAUUUUACUAGCACGUACAAAGAUCACCUUAAGGAAGCCCAGGCCAGGGUUCUGCGGGCAACUUCUUUCAAACGGCGGGACCUGGAACCGAGCGCUGCCGAAUAUCUCCCCAGGUCACCAGAACGGAAAACGGGGAGUUACAACUCUUCAUUAUUGGCUCUGGUUUCUGAAGAUGUGUCUGGAUUCCUCGAGGCUACGCAAGCUAAACCCAACUCUGCGGGGAGUGGCGCUCAUCACGUUUCUCGCAUCGGAGCCAGGAAAAGGUUCACAACAGAACAAAAACUGAAGUCUUACUCUGAACCAGAGAAGAUGAAUGAAGUCGGGAUGUUGGCCGAUGAAUGCCGUCCUCGCUGCUGUCCAAACACAUCUGAAGAAGCCCUGGGAUCAUUUGCAGACAGGUGGAAAUUUUUUGAAGAAACAAGUAAGCCUGCGUAUAGAAAGCCUGCGCAGAAACAAGCUCCCCACAGUCUACCAGAAGGGCAGCCUGAGAGGCCUGAUAGAAAAGCUGUCAGUGGAGCAGAGGGAGAGGAGUCAUGGUAUGAGAGAAGGGGCCGGGCAGCUUCUGUUGGACUUGAAACUACACAUGGCGGUGGCACUAAGACUUUUGACAGAGCAACGAAACCUGAACAGCCGCAGCGUCUAGGGACUUUUGCAGAGUAUCAGGCAUCAUGGAAAGAGCAGCGAAAACCCUUAGAGGCAAGAAGUUCAGGAAGAUACCAUUCCGCAGAUAACAUCCUCGAUGCAGGCCAUGAACAGCAUGAGAAAACCCAGUACACCCAUGAGAGGUCCAGAUCAUCUCCUUCUACCGAUUUCUACAAACAGGAGGUCUCAGUUGAAGUAAGAAGGCAAGCAGAGGAUUUAAAAGAAGAUGGGGAGCGUAUUUUCUCUAAAAUUAACACCCUGGAUGAAAGGAACUGUACAGUAAGGAGCUCAGGUUCUGCUCUGGUGAAGGCCGUGGCACGUUGGGUUUCCAGAGCUGGCAAUGGCAGUGUGCGACGUGGAGGCGCCCGCUCCUUCCCCGCACGCCCUGGGCGAGCGGCGCAGAGCGCCUGGGUGCGCGGGUGCCACAGGGUCCUGGGAGAGGGCGGCUGGCGAUGGCCCCUCUCCCAGGCUGCAGCUUCAGCUGUCCGGAUGGCGCUCAGGAAGGAGCCUCCUAGCGCGCUGACCUUUAUUUCUUUUGUUCUCCGGCUCUCCAAGCGUGCUCUGUGCCUUCUGCCCCUCUCAGCAGCAGCUCCAGCAGCAAACCGGGAGCUCCAAAGCUCUUUUGCCUUGUGCGAAGGGCUGCUCUGCUCCCCGGUGUUUCGGGAGGACAGAGGGACCCCGUGCGUUAGCUGGAGCUGGGAUGCCCGGCGUGCGCACACGCGCCGCCUGCAGCAGCCGCAGCCGCAGCUUUUGUUCGGGCAGUUGGGUGCGCUGGGGCGAGGAGGCAGCGGCGCAGGGCUGAGCGCAGGGCUGGGCGCAGGGCUGAGCGCGGCCCGGCUGCCGCGGUGCCCGCACGCAGCGGCGCUGCGGGAGCUGCUCCGCUUGCUGUUCUCCUGGCCGGCGCGCGGCUCGCAGGAGGAGCCUUCCUGCAGCAGCGAGACGGGGGAGCUGGCAGGGACGGAGAACGGGAUGCAAACUGAUAAAGGGACCCUGAGGGAAAACCCACAGGAGGAAAGGGAUCAGCUGGACCAGAAUUUAGGCAACAAGUGGAAAGCAUCUGUCAGAGCAUCGCAUGCAGGAGAGCCUACGGUUUCGUCUCACGAAAGCCGGGGGAGAUCUGGGACUUUGCCCAGUGAUUACAGAUACUCUCAGGAAAACGUGAAUGAGAAGAGCAAGGAUUGCAGUUUGCCUCUUCUCGCGUGCUCUGAGCCACAGACCUUGACUGAGAACCGCUCCUGUCUGCCACAGGGCAAAGGAGAGGAAAACCACAGAGCAGAGCCGACGCAGCUGAACAAGAAACGUGGACCUGCUCCUCAGAGGCCACCCCCGCCAAAAAGAGAUAAAUACAGGCGACCGGAUAAUUCUGCGCCGUCGCUCGGCAGCUCCUCCGAGUCCUUGCUGGUAGCUCCCAGCCAGCCCAUUCCGUCCUCUUCCCCCAGCUCUGCUGAAGGAUUUGCCAGCCGCUCAUCGCUCCCGCAGAGCACUGCGGCUCCCAAUGGAAAACUAAAACUGCGGGAGCUCCAGCAAGCGUCGUCCACGGAGAAUGUUUACCAGCACUUAGAAGAGAAAACACACCUUAAGUCGGAGCCUGUGUUAUUGUCCAAGUAUCGUUACCUUCAAAAACCAGAGAUGGAAACAUCAAGGUCCCCUUCGCCUCAGUUUGCGCCACAGAAGCUCACUGAUAAACCCCCUGUGUCUGUACAGGAUGAGAACCCUGCCAGAAUUGAGAAAGUUAUAGACAACAAUACUACGGUGAAAAUGGUUCCCAUCAAGAUCGUUCAUUCAGAGAGCAGUGCGGAGAAGGAGAGUCGGCAAGGCCUUGUGAGCACCAUGGAGCCUCCUGCUUUACCCAGUGGCUUGGAAAAGGACCAGAUUAAAACCCUCAGCACUUCUGAGCAGUCCUAUUCACGCUUCUGUGCUUACACCAGGCAAGGUGUAGAGCCAGAGAGCAGAACCAAACCAGCUGACCCCCAACCAGCUGAAGAACCCGGGAGCAACGCGAAGGACAGCAGCGCUGCAGCCCCAGCAGUCAGCUAUGUAAAGGCCAAAGAGAAGACUUUUGAAGACUGGAAAUCAGAGGAACUAGCCAGAGAGAUUGUGGGAAGAGAUAAAUCUCUAGCAGAUAUAUUAGAUCCUAACAUGAAAAUAAAAACAACAAUGGACCUGAUGGUGGGAAUCUUCCCCAAAGAUGAACAUCUCUUAGAAGAAGCUCAGCAGCGCAGGAAGCUCCUGCCAAAAGUUCCUUCUCCGAAAAUUUCAGAAGAGAAGAAAGAGGAGCAGAAUGUGCCAUCUGCUAUAUCCCUGACAACCAAUUCCACUUACUACAGCACAUCUGCGCCGAAGGCAGAAUUACUGAUUAAAAUGAAGGACAUGCAGGAACAGCAACAGCAGCAGCAGAGUGAAGAUGAUUCGGAAGAUGAGCUGGAUCAUGACUUGUCAGAAAAGAAGCAAGAACUCAUUGACAGCAUCAGUAGGAAGCUGCAGGUGCUGAGGGAAGCACGAGAGACACUUCUGGAAGACAUCCAAGCCAACAACAUACUGGGGGAGGAGGUGGAGGCCAUUGUGAAAGAAGUUUGCAAACCAAACGAGUUCGACAAAUUCAAGAUGUUUAUCGGGGACCUGGACAAAGUGGUCAACUUGCUGCUGUCACUGUCAGGUCGUCUGGCUCGGGUGGAAAAUGCCCUUAAUAACUUGGAUGAAAAUACCUCUCCUGAAGAACGGCGGACACUGGUGGAGAAGCAGAAGCUGCUGACACAACAACAUGAAGAUGCAAAAGAACUGAAGGAAAACCUGGAUCGUCGGGAGCGCAUCGUGUUUGACAUUUUGGCAAACUACCUGAGUGAGGAGAACUUAGCAGACUAUGAGCACUUUGUAAAAAUGAAGUCGGCCCUCAUCAUUGAGCAGCGGGAGCUUGAGGACAAGAUCAAGCUGGGGGAAGAGCAACUCAAGUGUCUGACCGACAGCCUCCAGCCAGAGCGGCUCAAAUAAGGGGGCUGCCUUUGACCAAGGACACGGAAAAUGGG